AUGACAACCCUUAUUCCCCGGGAGCCCUACUCCCCAGAGGAGCUGGAACGGCUCUAUCCUAAAGGCCUGAAAUUGCAAUUGGUACAAGUCUUCCUUCGUCAUGGCGAACGUACACCUGUUUCAUCGCGCUUUCAAAAUACAGGUCUAGCCCCAUGUAAUUCCCCCAAACCCCGUCCCGUUCCAUACGAUGCGGCCACCCAGCUGACUAUUCUCCGUAACGAAGAUCUUUCUUCCUGGAAUGGCUUUCAGUUUCGCCGGAAAAUGGAAUCCUUCGGCAACAGAGACCAAUCUGUUGUUGCAGUAGGCGCGGGCAAUGAGAUUGAGGGAAUCUGCCAGCACGGAGAACUCACGGACAAGGGUCGCGAAACUACCUACGCGCUAGGCCAGCGAUUGCGCCAUCUUUACGUUGACCAGCUCGGAUUCAUGCCCGCGAUCAGGUCCGAUAGCGAAGACAUGUACCUGCGAGCGACGCCCAUCCCCCGCGCUCUCGAGUCGCUGCAGCAGGCUUUCUGGGGUAUGUACCCUACCAGUGCCCGCACCCUCAACUUCCCGCCGCCUGUCAUUGUCGCCCGCUCCGUGUCGGAGGAAACCCUCUUUCCAAAUGAGGGCAAUUGUCGACGAUUCCGCCAGUUGGCUCGACUCUUCGCCGAUCGUGCAGCCUCGCGAUGGAACGAUUCAGAGCAGAUGGAAUAUCUCAACAAGCUUUGGUCUAAGUAUAUGCCGGAGGCUUCGCCCAAGGUGGCGGUGGAUGCGCAUCCUCGUCUGUCCGGUAUUAUGGAUACCAUCAACGCGACUGAUGCUCACGGACCGGCAACGAAGCUUCCUUCUGAGUUCUACGACAAGAAGGGCCGUGCUGUGAUUGAUCGUAUUGCGGUCGAGGAGUGGUUCGCCGGCUACAACGAGAGCACUGAGUACCGCAAGCUGGGAAUUGGUGCUCUCAUGGGUGACGUGGUAGACCGCAUGGUUAGCACUGCAGUUGACGGCGGUUGGCGUAGCGAGACCUCUGCUUCUGGAUCUGGUAAGCCUGGAGAUGGCAAGUCAAUCAAGUUUGCCAUGAGCGGAUGCCACGACACCACCCUGGCCGCAAUUCUGUCCAGCCUCCCAACAACCGAGCCGACGCCGGCUCCAUGCUGGAGGAGUUCUCCAACCCCCCGUGUUGCUGCUAAGAAGACCGGUCUCUUCUCGUCUCUCCUCGGAAACAAGCCUACAGCCCAGCAGAAGUUGGCUCCAUCUGAAACUGCUCGCGCACCCAUUGAGUCGUUCCCCGAAGAGACCCGCGAAUCCCUGCGCAAACACUAUGUCCGCCUCCGCUUUAAUGACCAACCUGUUUAUAUCCCCGGCUGUGCUUCCAAGCCUGAAAACCACCUCCCCGGUGAUGAGAGUUUCUGUACCUUGGACGCCUUUAAGGAAAUUGUUGACAAGUUUACACCCAAGAGUUGGCAAGAUGAGUGCAUGCAGAACCUAGGCCAAGGCCUGCACGGUCCUAAUGACCAGGAACGCAGCCCGGCUGGCUUUUAG